AUGAGUAAUGUACCCAACCAAAAUGGAUCAGGUCUAGAGCAGCAACUUGCUGGUCUGGACUUGCAGAGCGGCCAAAGUCAAAAAAAUAGUGCAUUAGUUGGCCGUUACAUUCCUCCACAUUUGCGUAAAAAGCAAUUAAGUGGUUCUGGCGAGGACAAUCACUAUUCUGAACGUGAUUCUUCCUCAGCAAAUCGGGAUUAUAAUCGACACGAGAACAGAGGCGGAGGAAGUUCAGGAUAUCGUGGUGGACAAGGUAGUGGUGGACGCGUUAGUUCAAGCUCAGAUUACAGUAAUUUUUCAAGAAAUAAUAAACGAUACGAUGAUAGAUCGUGCGCCAAUGGAGGUGAUAGUUACGACAGAGACAGACGUUCAUACGGAACUUUAUUUAUAUUUAGGGAUGCUUGGCGAAGCAAUAGUGGCAACAGAGGAGGUAAUAAUAGUGGAAACAGAUGGCAAGACCGUGAUGAUGGACCCCCUGUUAGAAAUGAUCGCUGGCAGGAACCGGUUCGUGACGACCGCAGGUAUAGUGAUCGCAGAGGAGAACGAGGAGGAGGAUCAUCAAGAUGGAAAGAAAAUUCUGAAUCAGGCUGGACCGUCCCAACGGCAAGGGAUGAGCGCCUUGAAAUCGAAUUGUUUGGGACGGGCAAUACAGGUAUUAACUUCAGCAAAUACGAAGAUAUACCCGUGGACGCGACUGGCGAAAACGUCCCACCUCAUAUUGAAUCAUUCAGUGAGAUCAAGAUGACAGAAAUAAUUUCAAAUAAUAUAAUGUUAGCUCGUUACGACAAACCCACUCCCGUUCAAAAAUAUGCAAUACCAAUAAUAAUGAGUCGGAGAGAUCUUAUGGCCUGCGCUCAAACCGGAUCCGGAAAAACUGCGGCUUUUCUCGUUCCUAUUUUGAACCAAAUGUAUCAGCGCGGUCCUCAAAAUAAUCGGCCUUACAGCCAUCGAAAACAGUAUCCCAUGGGACUCGUACUUGCUCCGACUCGAGAGCUCGCUACUCAAAUUUAUGAUGAAGCUCGUAAAUUUUCGUACCGCUCCAGACUUCGACCUUGCGUCGUGUACGGUGGUUCUUAUCUUCAAGAUCAAUUUCGCGAAUUGGAGAAAGGAUGCCAUCUUUUAGUUGCAACGCCCGGUCGAUUAGCAGAUAUGUUGGAUAGAGACAAAAUUGGACUCGAAAAUUGCAAGUUUCUGGUGCUCGACGAGGCUGACCGCAUGCUGGACAUGGGUUUCGAGCCUCAAAUAAGAAGAAUUGUUGAAAAAGAUAUGCCGAGAACAGGAGAAAGGCAAACAUUGAUGUUUUCUGCUACUUUCCCUGAUGUUAUACAGGCGGAUAAACGAUCUUUCUUAUUAGACCUCCUAAAUGCUACGCGUUAUAAAAAUGGAACCGAAUCCUUGACAUUGGUUUUUGUUGAAACUAGAAAAGGAGCUGAUUGUUUGGAAGAAUAUCUUCAUUAUCAGGGCUAUCCGGUGAGUUGUAUUCACGGUGAAAGGUCACAACGUGAAAGAGAAGAUGCUUUAAGAAGAUUUCGAAGCGGAGAAACUCCCAUACUUGUGGCUACAGCAGUUGCGGCAAGAGGUCUCGACAUCUCUCACGUUACUCACGUAAUUAAUUUCGAUUUGCCAUCGGAUAUUGAAGAAUACGUUCACAGAAUCGGGAGAACCGGUCGUAUGGGAAAUUUGGGUGUAGCCACGUCUUUUUUCAAUGAAAAAAAUCGAAACAUUGUACGGGAUUUAGUUGAAUUGUUAACGGAAACAAAUCAGGACCUUCCGAAAUGGUUGGAAGCGUUCGCAUCCGACAUGAACGCUCCGCAGACAUCCAGGAGAGGAGGAGGUUCGAAAACUCGUUUCGGAGGAGGUUUCGGAGCCAGAGACUAUCGUCAACAAUCUAAUUCACGUUCUGGUGGAAACCAAAACUCAAGAAGUGGUUAUAAUUCGUAUGGAAGUGGUAAUCCUUCUCACCAAGGAUUUUACAUGAAUCACGAAAGUGGCUAUGGAGGAUCAUAUUCGACUCCGAACAAUAGUAGCAAUGGACCUGAUUGGUGGGGUUCCUGA